CCGUGCCGUGCCUUUGAUCAGAUGCAGCCAGCUACUCCAUUUGUAUAUUACCACUGUGCAUGCCCUGACUUUUUUCAGACUUCUGGUAGAUCUGUCGAUGCCAGUGGCUCGAGAGAUGCUGCAAAUGACUCAUCAUCAGCCAGCGACCGACAGCCUUAUGUACCGUUCGGUACCUCUAUCGCGACUGAUACCGAUUUCUCUCUUUUCCCGCUUUCGCGCUUGUAUUUCUGUGAAGAUUGUCAUCAGAUAAGAUGCCCUUCGUGCGUUCAAGACGAAGUCAUUUCAUAUUACUGCCCUAAUUGCCUGUUCGAGGUACCUACAGCCAGUGUCAAAAGCGAAAAGAAUAGAUGUGCUCGCAAUUGUUUUCAAUGUCCAAUUUGCCAAAAUACUUUAAGCGUCGUUGCCAACCCAGAUAUCCCUCCGAAAGAACCUGGAUCACCAGAAGAUGAAACGAAACCUUCUGUUAAUCCUUAUCAUCUUUUUUGUGGAGUAUGCCGAUGGGAUUCUCAAGAAGUGGGGAUAACAUUUGAAAAGCCUACCAGCUUAGCAAUGCAGUUGCAAAAAUCAGAGGACGCGUCGCCUGAUAUCAAAGAAUUCGACCAUUUGAAAGAACACUUUGAAAAGUUCUUGAGAUACAACACCCCUCAGUCGCUUCCUACCAGUUUCCUAUCACUGUCGAGUUCAGGGUCUUUCAGCAAGAUGGGAUAUAAUACAUCGAUGCAAAACAGGAAAGGAAAUGUUGCGAGAAUGGAUGAUGUUGGAGAAUAUAAAGCAUCUGAACAUAUUCCGCAUGGCGAUAUGGACGUUAUGGAUAAUCUUAUUAACAUUCAAGAAGACACUACAGUUUCGAACUUGGAGCAGAGAUUUAAUCAGGUGUACGACCAACCGUAUGAUACCAAUCAGCUUAAGCCACAGCGAAUUCAUUUACGAAUCAAACGAUCCAAGCGGUGCCGAACCUGCAGACAUAUCUUAAUUAAGCCUGAGCAAAAGGCUCAGGCGACCAGGUUCAAGAUUAAACUUGUAGCUAUGAACUAUAUACCCAACAUUACCAUGCAGAUGCUCCCUCGAAAAACUCUACCUUUGCGACAAAAUGUACCUACGCAAUUAAUUCUCAAAUUUACCAAUCCAUUGUAUGAAGAGAUAAGUGUCACACUUGCUACACCACAACAACACCAGACAAAAGGCGAUCAAGUAGAUGCACCUGAAGAUCUUCGCAAGCCGUGGGGAAGAGUUACAUUGUUAUCUCCUCAUUUCACUGUGGGAGCAUACAAUGAAACAAUCGAAUACGAUGACGAGCUUCUGUACGGCAAACCCAGUGCGCUAUCUACGCCUGCGGCUGCAACAUGGGAGAAUGGUGUGUAUGAAAAGAGGAACAACUAUACCAGUAUCUUGAUUGAAGUUGUUCCAGAUUACGAAGGAGAUUUCAAGUUCCCUCUGUUGGUCAACUAUAGCUACAAGUCGGACGAAGAUCAAUUGGAUACAGGUGGUUACGAGGAUGAGGAUGGAGACGACGACGACGAUGAGGGUGGACAAAAGCGCUCACAAACUCUUGAACGUCAGCCUGAAGAGAGAACAAAGACAUAUUCAUUUUGGUGUGUGGUUGGACUUGGCGAAGUGGUACAAUAAAUGACACAGCUUACCAUAAUCUGUCUGAUGGUUGUGAGUUGUGA